GACCUAAGCUAUUAUUUUCCCGCGCAAACCCAACACUUUCUUACGGCUGCCGAAACUCCAAAAUCUUGUUCCUUGCUUCAAACAACAGUUACACAAUCCUCCAUUUCCAAACCUUCAAUGGAUUCUUCCGCCAUGGAUUUAGACGACGAGCUCGAAGAUCAUCAGCAGCAGCAACAAGACGACAUCGAUCCAUUCAUCGAAUUCAUCAAUUACGCAAGCUCCAUUCUCUCUCCUCCACUCAACGAUGUCGACGAAGACGAUGAACCUACUCCCGACACUGAGGAGAGAGAAAGAGAAGGUCCUGGUUGGAGUUGGAUUGCUUCUCGUGUACUCAAGACUUGCAUUUCGUAUUCCAGUGGUGUUACCGCCGCCAUUCUUCUCUCUGAACUUUCUCAGGCAUGGAAUGAACAGAGAAAAACAAGUGCGCCUACAAAAAGGCCUGAUUGCAUCAACCAACUGAAGAAGAAACAUAAGAGAUCUAAGCUGCCGAAUACAGUUACAAUUGAUACAAUAUAUGAGAAGAAUUUUUUGUCUCUGAAUAGUGUUUUAGAAGCUGUGGUUGUUGAUACCUUUGUUCUCCCAGGAACAAAGAUCAACAUGAUUACUCUGGGUGAUUUUUGGAGCUCAAAUACUAUUGAUCUUUAUCUCCACAGAAGGUAUUAUGAUCUGGCAUCUCCUCAAAAUGGAAUUUUAAGGAAAGGGAGGGAAGUGUUUCUCACAGGGUGCUAUCUUCGAAGUGCUAAUGAAGGUUCUGGCCAUCCUCGACUUUUGCCAACAGAAUAUCUGGUGAUUCUGUUGGAUGAGGAGCAAGACGAUGAUGCCAUGCUACUGGGUGCUCAAUUUUGUACAGACUCAUUCUCCUCUAUUUCUCUUGAUGGUGCUAAUGAAGGGGUAUCUUAUUCAUUAUAUGCCAGGAUAGAAUCGAUAGGGCCUCUUGAAAAUUUGGAGAAGUUUGGUGGUAUACAGAGGAAGCAGAUUAAGUUAGUUGAUAAUGACAACUCUGAGAUGAGCUUUCUAUUAUGGGGUGAGCAAGUUGCGCUGGCUAAUCUCUUUAGUGUUAAAAGUAUGCUUGCAAUUGAUAGACCAUUCAUUGGUAGUUCUUCGGAGAGUGAUGUGGAGACAUGUGGAAGUGUUUGUCUUGAAUAUGGCAGUGCAACUCAGUUAUAUCUAGUUCCAUUUGUUCGGCAAGAGGAACAGAUAUGUCUAGGAUUGACUCCAAAUCGAUUACGAGGAUCAAGGCUAGCUACAGCUUCAUGUCCUACUCAAGGCCCUAAAGCCUCUCAAAUGACUCUGCCAUGUGAUUCUCAAGGCUCAGUUGAUUUCAGCAAUUAUCCUUUUCAGUCUUUUAUUGUUGAUCUGCAUGAGAAGAUGACUGGCAUUAGCAUCUACGGUGCAGUUAUGGACAUCUCUCGAGAAGCAAAUACUGCAAAAUCUAUCUUUACUAUGAAGAUUCAAGAUCCAACAGGAGCUAUUUGUGUGAAGCUGCAUUUUAAUGAAUCUUGGUCUUUAGGGAGAUUGAGUCUUGGUCACACUGUGUACAUCUCUGGUUUGACAUGCGCCAAGACAAAACACAAGGGUCUAGAAGCGCGAUGGUUUGAAAAUGCUCCUGGAACUUCCUUUGUCAACUUAAGUUGCUUGCCUGCAAUCCUGAACUCAUCUUGUCUCCACAAGCCAUCUUAUCUUGCUGAUAUUUCAAGGCAGAAUACUGGUACACAUAUUUGCAGGGUGUGGCUGGACCAAAUUGAUUACUGUCAUGUUAAUACAAGAUUGGCACACGUUACUUGUGGUCAUUUUGUUAAGACAACUGCAAGUGGUUCUGUGGAAUGUGAAUUUUGUUGCUGCAGCUGUGAGAUGAAAACAAGACGCACUUUCCAUGUAAAAAUAACUGUGGCUGAUGAUAGUGGUAAAGUCUUUGCAUGGUGCACUGGUCAAAAUGCGAUUGAACUACUGCAAAUAUCUCCAGAUGAAUUCUAUGAAUUGCCUGAGGAGGAACAAGUUAUUUACCCAUGUUCACUGGAGAACGAAAGAUACAUGAUAGCAAUCGUGAACUGUGAUCAGCAGGAAACCAUCUUCAAGGAAUGUGUGACUGCAGAAAAUGACAUGGUCCCCUGGGAGAUCACGCGUGCCCUUAAGUUAUAAAUAUUCAAUCUCUCUGUAGUCCUGACUCAAUUCAUUGAGCUUCAAUACAUUACUUACGAAUAAUUCCAAACAUUCAGUAAAUAUAAUUUCGCAGAAGCUAUGAAUGAAACAUGUUUUCGUAUCCAGAAUCUGUAAAAUGCAAUGUCAGUCAUGGAAAGCCAAAGACUCAUUCUGUAAAGCAACUACGGGUAGCAGCUCCUUAGUCUCAGUACUUGGACUACUUACAAAGCUUCCAAAAUCACUAUCCAAAUCAUUAGAAUGUAGAUAUUGGAAAGGAUUUGAGUCAUAUCAGCUGACCAAUACACUCAAUAGGUACCUGGUAAACUGGCAUAUACACCUUUGUUAUCCACUUAUUCCCUACUAAUUAUCAGUACAAUAAGCCUAAUAGCGUAUUGACUAUAACUUUUGUCUCUCUCUUUUUUUAUUUAUUUAUUUUUUAUAGUUUUUUCAAGAAUUGAGGCGUUUGAAAUUACACUGAUCACCUAAAACACUCGCUAAAACUAAGUAUAACAUGUAAUGUAUAUAAUUCCUUCAAA